AUGAAUUUUGCCCCAUUUUUGAUUGUAACUCUCGCUUUUGCGGAAAAAAAUGCCCAACAGUCAAGCACCGACUUUUGCGCUUCUUUGUACAAAGAGUUGGCGAACAAAACUGGUAAUUUUAUCGCGAGUCCUUUUUUAAUUGAAUCGACUUUUGCUGCACUUUAUUUGGGAAGUGGCGGCACAACGGCUGAAGAAAUCCGAACGGUGCUUCACUUACCCCAAAGCAACGAAGAAAUUGAAGAAAAUUUUAAAAAUCUGUUGGCGCUUUUUAACAGUCAAGGCUACAAUCUCCACAUUGCGAACAAAUUCUAUGUUAAAGAAAGCUUUCUACUUAAUCCAAUUUGGCAAAAACAAGUGAGGGAUUUUUUCCAAAUAGAAUCUUCAAUUAUGGAUUUUGACAAUAAAAUUGCAAUGGUGGAAAAAAUCAAUCAUUGGAUUCGAGAACAGACUAAUAACAAAAUCGAUAAAAUCGUGUCAGUGGAAGCUUUUAGGGAUAGUCCAGAGAGUUUGAUUUUGGGAGCUUUGUAUUUUCAAGCGGAUUGGGCUCGGCAGUUUUCGACUACGGACACAAUUAAGGCCCCUUUUUACAAAAAACCAAACCUUCCAAUUUUAGUUGAUAUGAUGCAGCGUAAGAAACAAGUAUUUAGUUUUGGUGAAAGCGACACUUUGGAUGCGAAAUUCUUGGAACUGCCUUUCCAAAGCUAUGAAGCUUCCAUGGUCCUAGUCCUUCCAAACAAAAUCGACGGACUGUGCGAACUUGAAGCCAAAAUCGACCAAGUUUUGCAAUUUCGUGACUUUAGAUCCAUGAAUUUGAAUGUUUUUGUGCCGAAAUUUCGAAUUGAGAGUAAACUCGACCUUAAGAAAAUUCUUUCAAAUUUGGGUUUAAAAACGGUUUUUAAUGAUACAGAGGCUGCAUUGUAUGGACUUGUGACAACUGGACCGUGGCCCUAUAUCACAAAAGCGACUCAAAAAACAUUUUUGGAAAUUAAUGAAAGGGGAGUUGAAGCAGCAGCUGGUCAAAAACUCCUUUUUGGGAUGCCGAGAUCAGCGAUAAGUUUCAAUCAUGAGUUUAAGGCUAAUCACUCUUUUAUGUUUUAUAUCAAAAUAAGGAACCUUGUGGUCUUUGUUGGACGAGUUGUUGAUUUGUAAUAAUUAGAUUAAUAAAACAGUUAUUUGAAAAUUGAAAAUUUUGA